AUAUGUAUGUUGACCGCUGCACCCUGACACGGCACACUAACAUCAAACUUCCAAGUCCAACACAAACACUGAUAAAAGAAGAUGAAGAAUUCCAUUGAUAUCUCUCUUCAAGCUCUUCAUUAUCUUUAAUCACAAUCACCAGAAUUCCUUGCUGAUAAUCUGAAUUAUCACCAAUUCAUCUCCAUAAUCUGGUUUGGGGAUAUUUGCAGGUGUGAUGGAUCAAUCGACGAGCAGAGGUGGGAAAUUUGUGAUUAGGGACUAUGUGGUUGAGAAGCAAAUCGGGGCGGGGUCUUUCUCGACGGUGUGGCUAGCACGCCACCGUGUCAACGGCACAGAAGUGGCGAUCAAGGAGAUUGUUACCGCUCGGCUCAACAGUAAACUCAAAGAGAGCCUCAAAUCUGAAAUUGUUAUUCUACAGAGAAUCAGUCAUCCUAAUAUUAUUCACUUGCACGACAUGAUCGAGGAUCCGGGGAAAAUAUAUAUUGUUUUAGAGUACUGCAGAGGGGGUGAUCUUUCAAUGUACAUACAACGACGUCAAGGGAGAAUCGCAGAAGCAACUGCCAAACAUUUCAUGCAGCAGCUAGCAUCUGGUCUAAAAGUCCUUCGCGAAAACAAUCUAAUCCACAGGGACCUAAAGCCUCAGAAUCUUCUAUUGUCUGCAAUUGAUGACAACUCCACCUUGAAGAUUGCUGAUUUUGGGUUUGCAAGAUCUUUGCAGCCUAGGGUGCUUGCAGAAACUCUAUGCGGGUCGCCAUUGUACAUGGCUCCCGAAAUAAUGCAACUUCAAAAAUAUGAUGCAAAGGCAGAUCUCUGGAGUGUUGGUGCCAUUCUGUUCCAGCUAGUAACUGGCAAAACCCCAUUUACUGGAAACAAUCAAAUACAGUUGCUCCAAAACAUAAUGAGGUCCACUAAAUUGCAAUUUCCUCUAGAUGCCAAGAAUCUAAGUCCUCAUUGCAUAGAUUUAUGUCAAAAGUUAUUGCGCCGUAAUCCAGUGGAGCGGUUGACAUUUGAAGAGUUCUUUAACCACCCAUUUCUUGCACAGAAGCAGCCUGAUGAGUUGUCUAGGAAUCAGAGACCUCAAAGGGUAAUAGAUGGGUUUUCUCUGACAGAACGCAAUCCUGUAAGGCGCACUGAGGAAACUUUUCAAGAAGAUGGCUUACCAUUUAGUUUAGAUGAUGAUUCCAGCAAUCCUGAUGGUGGUCCUUCUUUUGCUGGGAUAUCACUGAGAUCUUCCUGUGGAUUUUCUCAUGAUGCAAAAGAUUAUAGGAAAGAAGUUACAAGUGCUUCAAACAAAACCGGUCCUCCUUUGAAUUGUAGCAACAUCAACCAUAAAUCAAAUGUUAUUGGUUCUAGUCCUGGCCAACACCGACAUUCAGAAGGCAAGCUGAAGGAAUCCAGUUCCAUGGACCAUAGACUAUGUCCAAGAGUGGCGGAUUCAUUCGAAUUGAUUGAGCGGGAAUAUGUCCUUGUGUCUGGGUCCCUCAUGGACUCAUCUUCUUCAGCAGGUGCUUCUAGGCUUAGCAAUACACCAUUUAGAUCAAGUUGUUCCCUGCAAGCCUCUGGGAACAUGGACUCUAGAUUAAGUGAGUCUGUGGUUGUUGCUGGUCCUGCAACUAAUAGCAUAGUACUAAGGUUGGAAAGUCCCUCUUCUGCUCCAGGAGCUUCACAAGGAUCCACAGAUAUAGUAGACCCUCUGGAGAAGCCAACUGAUGGCAUAGCCAGAAUUGAGUCGCUGCAACAUUCUGCUUCUGCUAUCACAGAGCUGGUCAAUGAGAAGAUUGCCGCAGGCAAGCAUCUGGAAGCAUUUUCAAUUGAGCUUGUCAUGCUUGCAAUAUGGAAGCAAGCCUUGCAUGUUUGUCAUACACAAGCGGCAUCAGCAAUUGAAGGAAGUCCAAACCAAAAAACUGCUGAAUUGAUGGAGAUUUUAAGGGACAGUCGAGUUAGGCCUGACAUUAAAAAGGACACUUGUAACAAUUUGGGGCCAGAGAAUGUGUUAUCUCAUAUUCAAAGAGCAUUUCUGAGUGAAGUUGGGAAGGCAGAGGAACUUGCCAAACAUAUAGAGCCUGGAAAUGCCGAGGUACCAGAUGCAAUGGAGAUGAUAUUUCAAUCUGCACUAGACCUCGGCAGAAAGGGAGCGGUUGACGAGUACAUGGGUCGGACUGAAGAUGCAGUGGUGUUUUAUUCAAAAGCAGUACGCUUGUUAGCAUUCCUUCAAGUAGAAGCACCAUCACUCAUUCUAAAUCCUCCAUUCUCACUGACAAACUCCGAUCGCUAUAGGCUUAGGAGUUACAUUGAUGUUCUCAAUAACAGGCAAAGUGUUUCAAGGUCUCAAAUCAUGACUGUGCUCAAGUGUGAGGAUCAGCACUGAUCCCCGUGAAGGCGAUAGAUGAGUGAAGAGAAAACUGUUAAUAUAUAAUGAUGAUUUAACAUAUCACAACUUAUUCUGUAUAGUUCUUUAUCUGUACAGUUAUUCUUUCACUAAUUUUAAAGAAAGUGAAAAGUCCUUUUAUAUGGUUUGAAAGCUAUUAUUACUGUAAUUAAAGUUCCUUUC